CAAACUGGCAAUAUCAACCACAAACUGACACUCAAACUUCCUAAAAAGCCAUCAUGAAAAAAGACAGUAAUCAAAUGGACCGAACAUGGAUAAUUUAAUUGACUUGACGCAAGAUUCUGACGGCGAUGAGGACGUGUACCAGGAUAGCAAAAAACAAACACUUCUGGCACGAUUUCUAGGGUCUCAGCCAGCACAGCCAACCUCCCUGAAAAGAAAGUAUCUGCAUGAUGAGCCAAGAUCAAAAGGUUUACCUGAGGCUGCAUAUCAGCCACCAGCAAACCAUAAUGUUUUUUUCAACCCCCUGAACUUGUCAUCCAACAAAAGGGGCUUUACGCCUCAGCCUCGUCCCGAAGAAGAAAAGACUGAAAAGAGAGAAUACUCAUUAAAGCCACUGUCUAAUUUCGACUCUGUCGUUAGCAUCUCUUCCAGAGGAUCUUCUAUUGAGCCAUCAGUUAAAAAGCAAUAUGAGGAUGCCGUUCACUCUCCUAUCACUUCAGACGAGAGUAUCAAACACGACAAAGCUGCUUCGUCCGAAGAAAAAAGCAUAAUCCCCACCCUGCCAAAAAAAGAAACGAGCUUGGAUGAUGACAAGCCCCUCCAAACUUCCUCAUCCUCCAGAAAGGGUGUCUCGGCCAGAGUCUUCCCAACUGUAAGCGUUGUUGUCCCGCAGCUACCAACACUAUCGCCCAUGGGAAUGAAGCAUCGGAAGAUAAAGAGGCUGCCAUCGCUAUCAGAUGACAGUUCAGGCGAAGACUCGGAUCCAGAUGAACUCAAGGGCAUCAAGACCAAAUACUACCCCAUCGACCUCCACGAGAUCCAGGCAGGAAAGGGUCGUUAUCCUACAGUCCGCUGCACGAAGCCUCAGAGUUUAUCUGCAGAGAGUAACCCGAUAAAGGGGCAUAUCAGAUCCAAACAAGCAAAGUUUUUCUACCUUCGAGAAAGCUUGAACAAGAAACUCAGAUCUAUCAAAGGCCCUUCCGUCACCAUGGCUGAUGAAUGGAGCGGUGCAGGUAGCUUGGCGUCAAAUUUCGAAUUCACCAAUACCUACAAGCUGCUCAAGGGAGUCAAGCGCGUUUCCGAUGAGUUCAAUGCUGGGUGUGACUGCGGCAGAAAGUGUGAUCCCGCUAGAUGUCUUUGUUUAACCAAGGAGGAAGACACCGAAGCACUGAUGGUACCUUACGAGAUGAAAAAUGGCCAAGUCGUGUUGAAGGACAGUUUUAUUAACAAGAAAACCAUGAUAUACGAGUGCUCAUCGCAUUGUGGCUGCGGCAAAGACUGUUGGAACCGCUUGGUUCAGCAUGGCAGGACAAUCAGACUUGAGAUAUUUCACACUGGUAGCCGCGGAUUUGGCCUGCGAUCCCCAGAUCCGAUUGUGCGUGGGCAAUUUAUCGACUGCUAUCUAGGAGAAGUCAUCACAUCGGCCGAAGCUGACCUACGUGAAGACGCUGCAGGGUCACAGAACAGCCCUUCAUAUCUAUUUUCACUUGACUUCUUCCCCAGCGAAGGAGACGAAGAUGAUGCGUAUGUCGUUGAUGGGCAGCGUCUAGGUGGGCCGUCUCGAUUCAUGAAUCAUUCGUGCAACCCAAACUGCAAAAUGUUCCCCGUCUCUACCCACCACGGGGAUCAGCGUAUCUAUGACCUCGCCUUCUUCGCUCUCCGCGACAUUCCCGCUGGCACAGAGCUAACCUUUGACUACAAUCCCGAUUGGAAUGGUGAUCGCAACCGUGAUCCCAAUGCUGUCAAGUGUCUAUGCGGCGAAUACUUAUGUCGUGGUCAACUCUGGCCGAAUCAGCGCAAAAGCACCAAGGAGGAGUGAACACACCACCACCUGUCUAGGGAAUAAUGAAAGGGUCUUUUUUUUUCGGGUUAUUCAAGCAUAAAAUGUGUCAUUACGACUUACGAACAUAUCAUGGCGUUGGGAUUUCCUUCUCUAUCGCAUUUUCAUCAUUCGGUUAUUGUUCCGUGUAUAUACCCAUAUUUGGCGAGCCAGCAAGCGAUUUUUCUUCAUUUUCUUUCUUUUUCCGUCUCGUCUGUUUUAAUUGCAUGAGUACAGGCGUCAGCUGGAGAGGGCAUGCUGUGUAUUUGUUGGUAUAAAUCUUCGGUGGUGGGUUAUUACUGUAUAUGUAGGUUGAUGUUUGUCCUGAGUAAAUAUGCGGCAAGUAAUCAAGUCAAUUCGAG